AGCUACAUUCCAGGCACCUGCUACGCUAAUUAUCAUAACAGGUAUUUACUCAAAAUCAACAUUUUGUUUCGUACAUCUUAGUUUAUCUGCACGUCCCGGUUGUGAGAUGAACAUGCCAUAGCUACAACAUCUGAAGAUCUAUGAGGCCUUCAGCCAGGAGAGCUCUCCCAUGGAACAGGAAGUGAUGCCCAUAUACUCCUCCUCCCCCCCUCCGCUGGACGACGAAUCAGGGGGAGAGGAGGACGAUGACGAGUUUGGGGAUUUCUCUGGGGGUGUGGCAAUGCCAUCCAACCAGCCGUGUCCCUCCACAACAGACCCCGCCUCCCCCACCCCAUCAACAGUGCGCUUUAGUGUUAGUAACUCCUCCUCUUUCGCCGGAACUACCCAUAGCAACGGAAUCUCGAAACAGUUCAGAGCAGCUGACGACCUGAAGAAGCCACGGGCGCCGGUGGUGGACCAAUCACAGCCCGCUAAUACUGGGACCUCAGAGGUUGGCAGGGUUCGGCCGGGGUUGGAGGUCAAAGGGCAGCCCUGUCAUUGCGACCUCCCUGACCUCCCUCUCACUAAUGGGUUUACCAAGUGGCAUCACCAGGGAACCAUGUCUGCAGGUCUUGUACCGGCUGGCCUGUGCUCCCCCAGCCAGGAGCAGGGGUUUGCAGACUUCUCUGCGUUCGCCGAGCCAGAGAUGGAGCUGGAGCCCUGGUGCUGCGGCUUCACUCACACUCACAGUACGGAGCACAGGAAGGACGGCAGGAUGGAAGGGACAAACCUAACCAACGGUUUCUGCAAUGCACACUCGGUCCAGAAGGACAUAGAGCAGCGGGCCAGAAUAGAGCCUGGCGGGCCUGACUCUCAAUGUUUAGCACAGCAAGGGGACAGGGACUGCACUGGAGUCCAGCAACACUGUGAGCUAAGGGGCCACCCUCAAGACUCUGGCCUCUUAGCCACCACGGAGGUGCUUUGUGCUAGGGGUGAGGGGCUGGGGGAGCCUGGGGAGAGGGCACCCAGCAUCAACAGGGAUAGCAUGCUUACACAGGACCCAGAACUGGGAGGGAGGAGGGUGGAUGAGGAGGAAGAUAAGGAGAGCGAAACAGAGGACAGUGUCUCUCCUCUCCCCACCACAGUCAGUGGGUCAGUGAGUGAGGAGUUUUCCUCCUUUGGUGAGGCUGUGUCGUCAGACGCUUUGGAGGAGUUUGGGGACUUUGGCGAGACGGUCUUCACUCCCUCGUCAAUAGGGGAGGAGGAGAAGGAGAAAGAGGAGGUGCAGCGGAGUGACCUCAGGGAGGAGACCGAGACAAAGAUGGUGGAGGAGGAAGAGGUCCCUAGCCAGGAGGACUUUGCUGACUUCAACCAAUCAGAGUCCAGGACACAGGAGGGCUUUGGUGACUUUGACCAGGACUAUUCUGAGGACCCAGGUCCGACCCAGGCGUGUGGGGAGGAGGUUGGACAUGGAGACCUUCCCCUCAGCGACAGCUUUGCAGACUUCCACUCUGCUCCCCUGGAGGGGCAGGGUGAGAGGGAGGAGGGCUGGGGGGGGUAUGGGGACCAGAGAGGUCUGUUGGAGGGGGAGACCUGGGCAGAGUUUGGAGAGGAGGAUAGAGCCAGGCGGACAGAAGAGGCAGAGGAGAAGGGGGGAGAGAGUUUUCAGGGAGGUGCUGCUGUACGAAGGGACAGUCUGCAGGCCUCCCUGUCUAUCCGGCUACAGAGAGUCCUACAGACCAGCUUCUCUGCAGUGGCAGUCCCAGAACUGGAUCAGGAGAGGGAGGGGACUGGGUUGGUGGAGGAGGAGACUGUGGAGGAGACUGGGGAGGAGACGGGGAUGGAGGAGGAGGAGGAGGAGGACAGUGGGGCUGGGGUGUUGAAUGUACUCAGCCUCAGGGCUCUGCUAGAGACUCUAGACACACAGCCUGAGGAAGAGGAGACGAAGGGGCUCAACCACACUACACACUGGGUUCCUAGGGGCGCGUGGCGGCAGCCUCAGGACCUCCACGAUGCCGUGGGCCUGGGAUUCCAGUGGGGCGGUUCCCAUAGCAACAGGGCCCUGCUCCGCUGUCUGGGUAUGGACACCAGGAACAUGUUGUUCACUGGUCAGAGAAAGCAGCCUGUCAUAGUUCCUGUGUUUGCAGCCAGCCUGGGAAUGUUAGAGCCCACCAAAGAGCCACUGAGAGCAGCUUCAGCUGCGGAGAAGACUGCUGCAACAGCACUUCCUGGGUCACAGGAAACCACCACCACCUCGUCAAUAAAGCAGGGGGCCCCCCAGCCUUGGUCCCAGUUUGACUGGAGCAGCAGUGGCCUUGGCGUCAACCGUCUGGAUGGUACGUCCUCCCACUGAGCCCCCUACCUACAGGGCCAGAGAUGAGGCUGCUGUACACACUCUCCCCCUCUGACGCUGCUACCUGACUCCUGUUUCUCUCUUUGGUUCCAAUGUCCACACCAGCAUACUAGACUACCACCUAUAAUGAAGCAAUGUGUUGGACAUGCAUUCUAAGUAAGUGGUAUGCAAGUGUGAACUUUGGAACAUAGUCCCUAUCACUCUCCCUCUCCCCCCUCUCCAUCUCUCCUCUGCUCCUCUCUUCACAUUGAGGUCUCCCUCUAGAUGGUACUACUCAUUUUCAUGACUGUCUUUCCCUUUAAUUGUAUCUUGUACUGUGGAAUCCCAAGGCUCUCUCUCUAUACGUCUAACUUAACCGGCUACCUCAUCUGCCCUGUAUAGAGUGAUGCUAAUGAGGUUUCUCACUUGUUGUUACCCUUCAUCAUUGAUCCAAACACUGUUUCUUAUUGCACUGGGUGAGAGAUCUUUCAGUAUUAGUGGAGGGAAUGGAGCAAAGACAAGUCAAGUCAUAUAGAUGAAUGUGUGGUCAUAGCCUAAAGGGAAUCCCCCCAGUAGCUGCAUGUUGGUUGUAGUAGAAAUAAGCUCAUGUGAAAAAGCCUGAAAUCCAGACCUGUUCUGUACUAACAUUCCACUCCUUGUACUUUGUCAUAUGCCAAAAAUUAUGUUUGACAUGAAGUGGAAUAUUAGCACAAACAGACUGGUAUCCAGACUAGAGAAAGCCAGGAUCCUCUUACUAAUACCCAGGAUAGAGAAAGCCAGGAUCCUCUUACUAGUACACAGGAUAGAGAAAGCCAGGAUCCUCUUACUAGUACCCAGGAUAGAGAAAGCCAGGAUCCUCUUACUAGUACCCAGGAUAGAGAAAACCAGGAUCCUCUUACUGGUACCCAGGAUAGAAAAAGCCAGGAUCCUGUUACUAGUACCCAGGCUAGAGAAAGCCAGGAUCCUCUUACUAGUACCCAGGAUAGAGAAAGCCAGGAUCCUCUUACUGGUACCCAGGAUAGAGAAAGCCAGGAUCCUCUUACUAGUACCCAGGAUAGAGAAAGCCAGGAUCCUCUUACUGUUACCCAGGAUAAAG